AUGGAUUUGCCCAAUGCUUCUGAUCAACAAUUGCUUCUUGCUGCUCCAAACAAUCAUCACAAUACCUUCUUAAAGGAUAGCCAUCCCGCUGCUACCCCGCUCACCCAACAUCUCCAACAAUCUCCACCCAAUCAUGCUGCUAACCCACAUCUCGUAUAUGUCCGUAGAAAAUCAGAAGGAGAAACACCCAAGAAUACCGCUUUUGAUAAUACAAGGCAACUUUACUGUGAAGAGGAGAUUCCUCAACCAAAACCUCACAUAAAGGACCCAAAGGUUUCUUCUUUCCCAGCAUUUGCACCUUUUCCUAUCGCAUCUUCAAUAACCGCGUCUGCAAAGCCUUCCGUUCCUGUUUCACUUGGCAACUCUAGCAUCAUUUCCGUUCCUGUUUCACUUGGCAACUCUAGCAUCUCCAAUCACGUUGCUCCUUCUUCUGGACAUACCAUUGUCAAUCCUAAGGUAUUUACAAAUGUGCAUUGGGAAGAGCGUUAUCAACAGUUGCAAAUGUUUUUAAGGAAGUUGGACCAAUCAAACCAAGCCGACUACAUCCAAAUGCUUCAAUCUCUGUCUUCAAUUGAACUUAGCAGACAUGCUGUUGAGUUAGAGAAGAGAUCAAUUCAGCUUUCACUUGAGGAAGCUAAAGAAUUACAACGAGUUGCUGCUUUAAACGUCUUGGGGAAACCAGUGAAGAACUUCAAAGCACGAGCGGAUCAUGUCGAGUGUUCAGACAAGUUGAAGACAUCGACAUGA